AUGCGACUCCAAGCAGCGAAUUUCCUGAAGAGCUCCGCUUCACGGCAUCGGCCGGCGGUUUUUGAAGAGGCGCCAACGACCAGCAACACAAUGGAUGUCGAAACCGCUGAGCACUUGAGUUUGUUCGGUUCGAUCAAGCAAGGCAACGACACCUGCCAACUGCAGUCCGUGUGCGUGCCGAUUCCGCUGGACAACGGCGAUCCCCAAGUGGUCAUCUACCCGAAGUGCUACGAGGUAGUGGAAAUGGUAUAUGUGGGUAACGGGACGUUUUAUGCUCAAUCAGACGCUGAACAUCUCCAUGGAAGGAACACACCUCGUGCUCGUGCUACGAUUGUUCCCGAAUGCCCAGCGGGCUUUGUGAUCGGUUCGGACUGCACUUGUCAGUGUGUGCCAACAAGAGUGAUCGUCACAACUGUCAAGGUAAUCGAGAAUGGAACGAGGACAAGUGCAGGUGCGUAUGUGAGCCGACGACCUGUCCCCACGACCAGAUGUUCGACCACGAUCGAUGCGACUGUGUUCACAAACGGCGACGCGAUGAGAUAA